AUGUCCUUCCCCACAAAUACGGAACACAUGUUGAGGUAUCCAGAGGUGCAGGUACAACAACCAACGCAAGGAUUGUUCAACGAGGACGAAUCAAGGAUGUUUAAUGAAUUUCUCAAUUCAUGGAUAGUAGAGGAACCGGUAAAUAAUGUCGUUUUUCAGCAUCCAUUGGUAUCUGAUGUGAGUUUCGGAGUUCCUUCACCAUCUAUAUUGACAACAUCGAGAGGAGGGUAUCAAGCAUCAACAGGAUAUGGGACUGGGUUUGGAACAGGAUCUCAGACGAUUACCACUUCAAAUGGCUAUAUGUAUCCUAUUACCUCUGCCACUACAAUACCGAACAAUAACACCUAUGCAACAUCAGCUUUUCAGAAUGGUGGUAUACCUCAUCAACAUCAUAAUCAUCACUUAAAUAAUUCAUUCGUAGAGACAUCGUCAACAUACCCGACAGCAUCAAUACCGAUUCAAACACAUAACAAUAAUAACACUGGUUCAAUUCACGAUCAUCACGUUGUUAAUGGCGGUGGCGGUGGUGGAAAGGUAGUAUCAACACCACCAUACAUAAAAACUGAACCUUCAAGUUCUACCCGAAGACAGAGAUCGCCAUCACUUCCAUUAUCAGUCAAUGUAGAAUCAUGUGUUGUCGCUUCGUCAUCGUCGACGUCGACAACGAUAAAUCCAACAAUAAACAAUCAAUCAUCGUCAUCGCCUAAAUUAGAAUCACAAGGGGAGACUAGUAGCUCUACCUCCACUCCUAACCCUACUGCAUCUACAUCAUCAUCAUCAAGUAAUCGUGGUGGUCGUGGAAAGAAAGGGCACGAACUAUUAACAGAGGCCGAGAAGAAGGCUAAUCAUAUUGCUUCUGAACAGAAACGAAGGCAACAUAUUCGUAUGGGGUUUGAUCAGUUAGUUGAAAUAGUGCCAACGUUGAGUCAAUGUCAUCGAAGUGAAGCACUGAUUUUGCAAAAAUCUGUCGAAUAUAUUCAACAAUUAUUAAUUCAAAAAAGCGAACUAAAAGAACGGGUAAAAUCAUUACAGGCCACGUUGGGAGAUGCACCCGAACACUUAGAUGACUCGUCUUCAGAGGGAGAACUUGAUCUUAUAUUCUGA